AUGACUGUGGUUGGGGGACGUCUGCGCGAUUCACGCGAAUCAUCCGGCUUUGAUGAUUCCCAUGAUCUCCUCGAUGAGGCCCUUCCGCAGGCGAUGACCGCUCCGGUAUCCCCUUCAGUGCCGCUUAGCGCGAGCAGCAGUCAUUCUGAUGGAUGGAAGUACUCGUCGCAAAAGUUGUUGUGGAAAUUAAAGCCUAGGUACAUCAACUUUAGCCAUGCCUCCAGUACAUCGUCAUCGACUGAUUCUGCCUGGAGGUCGCUGGAUAGCGUCACAUGGCGAUCAUUGGACGGGGUCGAAGUAGUGCUCAGAGGGGCUCGCCUGGAGUCUCUGAGUGAGAUCGAACGAGGUGCCUUACGACUUGUCGCUCUACAACGACUUGCAGUUCUUUUACCGGGAGUCAAUCUUCUGAAACCGAGAGAUCCCUUAACUGCUAUUCGUCAGAAGCGCCAGAAACUACUCAAACCAAAUAAGUCACAGAAUGCGUUUGAUGGAAGUCGUCGCCCUAGCGGACACAGCAUGGAUACCGGUGAAAAGAGGCUUUUUGGUGUGUCUCUGUCCGCGCACUGCCGACUGCCCCAGAGAGCAAAAACUGUGAGGUCUGAACCUGAAAUCACUCUGAGUGAUCGAAAAUGGCUGUUUCCAUCAACACAGAAUCUCUAUCCGGAUUCGACGUAUUCUCUACCAUACUCACAUUCGGGAUCAGCUCCACCGACAUGCUCGCUACCGGGCCGAUUUGUGAAGAAGCAACGUCCAUCAUCUGCCUCGUUCUCAUACUCUAUGGAAGCACCGUCAAUAGAUGAGGUCGAACCACAUUCCCUGCAAGUUCCACGUAUAGUUGAAAAUUGCACUCAGUACCUUAUGGCCUAUGGACUGAACGCUGUCGGCCUAUUCAGGAUCGCCGGGAACGCGAAGCGAUGCCGUCUUCUCAGGACGGCUCUUGAGAAGGCUGGUGGUUCCAUGGCAAUCAGCAAUGAUGUCGUUGAGAACACCACUGCGCACGAUGUAGCCACCCUACUGAAGGAGUACUUCCGUGACUUGCCGCAGUCUCUUCUGCCUCGGGAGCACUAUCAGGCUUACAUUGCCGCCUCCAGAAUCCCGCUGGAAGAACGCAUUGAUGUCCUUCGACUGCUCGUCUCACUGCUAGCACCUCCUAACAUCGACACUCUCUACGUGCUUCUCAAGUUUCUGCAUGAAGUGUCGCUGCAUUGUCACGAUCAAGUGCAUCAUACGGGUGUGGAGAUGCAAGGGAACCGUAUGGAUGCACGAAAUUUAGCGACAAUUUUCGCUCCCUCCAUAUUACGGCCGGAUCAUGGCAAACUUCAUGCGACACUUGCCGAGAACGAACAGCAGAUUGCCAUAGUAGAAACGAUGAUUGCGCAUGUCGAAGAAGUGUUCAGGAUACCGAAAGAACUACAAUGUAAUAUGUAUAACAAGUUGCGUGACACGGAUCCUGAUCGUCUGGAUCGAUUCCUGAACCACAUUUCCAAAACUGAAAGUCGCGACCAUCAAUCGACAUCACCAUUUCCCGCAACCGCUGAAGAGGCUCAACGAGAAUGUUCAUCUCCAGGAGGCCAUUCCAAUGAGAAAGAUUCGCUCUCAGCAAAAGUUUGUUCUCAGCGAAGCGGAUCAUGGCCCUUCUCAUUGGGUAAGGACUCUCGACAGCAGCAUUUUUUCCCACCCGACUCUGCUUGCCCAUCUACGAGCUCAUGCCCUUCCGAUGAAAACGAAUCCAGGGAGGCUCCUAGUACAACUAGUCACGGUAAUGAGCCUAUCAGCAAAGAUCUCGCUACAACAGCUCCAGGUGAACUCGAAUGA